AUGGGCCUAGGGUUAGCUGACGGUAACAGCAGCAUACACAACAGCACAGCACACCAGAGCAUCCAAUCAGCGCCAUCAGCAGCCGAGGCUGCUGCCAUUCUGGCGCGCCUCCUGCACCCCUCGCCACACCUUGUUUAUACGCUUCAGGUGGUUUGGGUUUCGGGGUUUGAGGGUUUAGUGCGAUUGCCGGGCACACUGCUGCAGGUGCUGGACGGGCUAUUGCUGCCUGUCAAUCGCCCACCCUCUCCUGCCACCACUCGCUUCCGAGCGAGCUUUCUCCAGUCCAAUGGCUUCAGUGCCCUCAUGUUGGCCUUUCAGCCCCAAGCCCUGCCACCUGCAGCGGAUGACAGCACAAGGCGGAAGUGCUACAUGAGCGCCCUGCACAUCCUCAAGCUCAUGCUCAUUGCUAGUGCCCUGCCGCACACUCUGAAGCUCAUUGCUAGUGCCCUGCCGCACACUCUGAAGCUCAUUGCUAGUGCCCUGCCGCACACUCUGAAGCUCAUUGCUAGUGCCCUGCCGCACACUCUGAAGCUCAUUGCUAGUGCCCUGCCGCACACUCUGAAGCUCAUUGCUAGUGCCCUGCCGCACACUCUGAAGCUCAUUGCUAGUGCCCUGCCGCACACUCUGAAGCUCAUUGCUAGUGCCCUGCCGCACACUCUGAAGCUCAUUGCUAGUGCCCUGCCGCACACUCUGAAGCUCAUUGCUAGUGCCCUGCCGCACACUCUGAAGCUCAUUGCUAGUGCCCUGCCGCACACUCUGAAGCUCAUUGCUAGUGCCCUGCCGCACACUCUGAAGCUCAUUGCUAGUGCCCUGCCGCACACUCUGAAGCUCAUUGCUAGUGCCCUGCCGCACACUCUGAAGCUCAUUGCUAGUGCCCUGCCGCACACUCUGAAGCUCAUUGCUAGUGCCCUGCCGCACACUCUGAAGCUCAUUGCUAGUGCCCUGCCGCACACUCUGAAGCUCAUUGCUAGUGCCCUGCCGCACACUCUGAAGCUCAUUUCUAGUGCCCUGCCGCACACUCUGAAGCUCAUUGCUAGUGCCCUGCCGCACACUCUGAAGCUCAUUGCUAGUGCUCUGCCGCACACUCUGAAGCUCAUUGCUAGUGCCCUGCCGCACACUCUGAAGCUCAUUGCUAGUGCCCUGCCGCACACUCUGAAGCUCAUUGCUAGUGCCCUGCCGCACACUCUGAAGCUCAUUGCUAGUGCCCUGCCGCACACUCUGAAGCUCAUUGCUAGUGCCCUGCCGCACACUCUGAAGCUCAUUGCUAGUGCCCUGCCGCACACUCUGAAGCUCAUUGCUAGUGCCCUGCCGCACACUCUGAAGCUCAUUGCUAGUGCCCUGCCGCACACUCUGAAGCUCAUUGCUAGUACCCUGCCGCACACUCUGAAGCUCAUUGCUAGUGCCCUGCCGCACACUCUGAAGCUCAUUGCUAGUGCCCUGCCGCACACUCUGAAGCUCAUUGCUAGUGCCCUGCCGCACACUCUGAAGCUCAUUGCUAGUGCCCUGCCGCACACUCUGAAGCUCAUUGCUAGUGCCCUGCCUGCUCGCCCUGUGCCUUUUUAG